UACAGAAACACUCAAUAUGCAUUUGUGGGAUGAAUGGAUGGGCAGGUUGAUGGGUGGAAGAGGGUAAUCUUACAAGAGGCAUGAGAUAGUUUUGGGACAAGGUGUUUAUGCAACAGAUUCCCCAAAGAAGAAGAUAAAGUGCCUUUUCCUGAAAGCUCAGACAUUUGAGGAGGGGACUAAGCUGUGGCCCAGGCCAGGCAGUGUCUAAGCCAGGAAUGACGAACUUUGGGGUGAUGUGGGUGACCUCCUGCCAGACUCACUUCCCUUUUCUUCUAGAUAAAAGGUCCCUGGGGAGAUGGCCAGCUGGAGGCACCUGUACUGAGAGGGUGAGCCGUGUAGGAUGACAGCUGGAGAGGAGCUUCCUUGUGCGCACUUUGAAGUAGAUAAACAGAACAUCUCCCUCUGGCCCAGAGAGCCUCCUAGCAAGAUGGAUCGGCCCCUGGCUCUGAGGAAACCUUCUACCCUUUGUGCCGUGUUGACCUUCUUGACUCUGGUCCUGGUUACCUCCAUCCUACUGCAGAGUAUCCUCUAUUCCUGGUUGUUGGGCACAAUAUCAGAUGUAAGGAUCAAUGCUCAGUUGCUGAAAGGGCGUGUGGACAACAUCAGCACAGAAGGUUCUGAAAUUAAGAGGAAUCAAGGUGGCCUGAAGACAGCCAGUGUUCAGAUCCAGAGGGUGAAUGUCAGCCUGAAUCACGUGCACUCUCAGCUUCUGACGUUGGAAACUGGUCUGGAGAAAGCCAAUGCACAGAUUCAGAUGCUAACAAAAAGUUGGGAGGAAGUCGAUGCUCUAAAUGCCCAAAUCCCAGAGUUAAAAAGAGAUUUGGAUAAAGCCAGUGUUUUAAAUGCAAAGGUCCGGGGACUUCAGAGCAGUUUGGAGAAUAUGGGCAAGUCACUCAGACAACAAAAUGACAUUCUACAGAUGGUUUCUCAAGGCUGGAAGUACUUCAAGGGGAACUUCUAUUACUUUUCUCGUGUCCAAAAGACCUGGUACAGUGCCCAGCAGUUCUGUAAGUCCAGGAAUUCGCAGUUGACUUCAGUGACCUCAGAGAGUGAACAGGAGUUUCUAUACAAGACAGCGGGAGGAAUUUCCUACUGGAUCGGCCUGACCAAAGCAGGGAGUGAAGGGGACUGGUCCUGGGUAGAUGACACCCCGUUCAAUAAGGUCCAAAGUGCAAAGUUCUGGAUUCCAGGUGAACCCAACAAUAGUGGGUACAGUGAACACUGUGCCCAUAUAAGGAUGGCUUCACUUCAGUCUUGGAAUGAUGCCUCCUGUGACAAUACGCUUCCCUUCAUCUGUAAGCAGCUGUAUAUCCCAUCAGAACCAUGACAGGACUGGCCCCCUCACUCACUCUUUGAGUGCCAAUGCUUGUCGCACUGGAGGAACUACCUCCCUCUCUUCCAUCCUCCAGGCUGACUCCACACCUUCAUUUUUCUAGCUUCACUAUUGUCCCAAAGCCAUCCUGGGGUCCGGCUGCCUUGCUGGUAGUUCUCUGACUCCAUAGAGGCAGCUGAUAUGGAAAGGAGAACUUGAGUUAAGAUGGGAGGAAAUGGUGGACAGAAUUUGGACGUUCCUACUGGCCUGACAAAUUAGGUCAGGACCUGUAAUCUGGGACAACAUUCCUGGGGAGCCCCUGGGGAACUGGGGGUUGCAUUCCUUCGGAGAAGUGAGCAAGUGGGUCUUCGUGGCAUUGUCAUCAGUCUGUAGGCAACUCCUCAAGUCAUGGACCCCAAAAUGUUUCUUAUAAAAUUCUGGGAAUUUUUCUAUUGUCAGAUGGAAAGUUGGGAGCCAGGGGCUGGUGAGAACUUUGUCUCAUUCAACUUGUGCAUUUAUUUUAUUGUAUUAAUUUUUUUCUGAAUCAGUAGGCUGAUGAUACUUGACAUGCCCUCUCAAUGUUGUAAUAAAAUGCUCUUGAAAAAAUCUGUAUUUUCGCAUUUUAAUAAAAAAGGAGAGGAAAAAAAAUAAAAAAACCAAAAACACUUGACUCACCCCUACUGACUGACUGAUGCUAGCUCUGGUGAACA